GCCAAUGGGAAGGCUCCAUACUGCAGGGUGUGAAGGGGCCGGCGCCGCUGCCGAGUUGCGAGUCGGCGAAAGCGGCGGGAAGUUCGUACUGGGCAGAAGGCGACGGGUCUGCGGCUUAGGUGAAAAUGCCUCGUGUAAAAGCAGCUCAAGCUGGAAGACAGAGCUCUGCAAAGAGACAUCUUGCAGAACAGUUUGCAGUUGGAGAGAUAAUAACUGACAUGGCAAAAAAGGAAUGGAAAGUAGGAUUACCCAUUGGCCAAGGAGGCUUUGGCUGUAUAUAUCUUGCUGAUAUGAAUUCUUCAGAGUCAGUUGGCAGUGAUGCACCUUGUGUUGUAAAAGUGGAACCCAGUGACAAUGGACCUCUUUUUACUGAAUUAAAGUUCUACCAACGAGCUGCAAAACCAGAGCAAAUUCAGAAAUGGAUUCGUACCCAUAAGCUGAAGUACCUGGGUGUUCCUAAGUACUGGGGGUCUGGUCUACAUGACAAAAAUGGAAAAAGUUACAGGUUUAUGAUAAUGGAUCGCUUUGGGAGUGACCUUCAGAAAAUAUAUGAAGCAAAUGCCAAAAGGUUUUCUCGGAAAACUGUCUUGCAGCUAAGCUUAAGAAUUCUGGAUAUUCUGGAAUAUAUUCACGAGCAUGAGUAUGUGCAUGGAGAUAUCAAGGCCUCAAAUCUUCUUCUGAACUACAAGAAUCCUGACCAGGUGUACUUGGUAGAUUAUGGCCUUGCUUAUCGGUACUGCCCAGAAGGAGUUCAUAAAGAAUACAAAGAAGACCCCAAAAGAUGUCACGAUGGCACUAUUGAAUUCACGAGCAUAGAUGCACACAAUGGCGUGGCCCCAUCAAGACGUGGUGAUUUGGAAAUACUUGGUUAUUGCAUGAUCCAAUGGCUUACUGGCCAUCUUCCUUGGGAGGAUAAUUUGAAAGAUCCUAAAUAUGUUAGAGAUUCCAAAAUUAGAUAUAGAGAAAAUAUUGCAAGUUUGAUGGACAAAUGUUUUCCUGAGAAAAACAAACCAGGUGAAAUUGCCAAAUACAUGGAAACAGUGAAAUUACUAGACUACACUGAAAAACCUCUUUAUGAAAAUUUACGUGACAUUCUUUUGCAAGGACUAAAAGCUAUAGGAAGUAAGGAUGAUGGCAAAUUGGACCUCAGUGUUGUGGAGAAUGGAGGUUUGAAAGCAAAAACAAUAACAAAGAAGCGAAAGAAAGAAAUUGAAGAAAGCAAGGAACCUGGUGUUGAAGAUAUGGAAUGGUCAAACACACAGAUAGAGGAGGCCAUACAGACCCGAAGUGAGGAGUCCCAAGGAGCAAUACAUCGAAGCAUGUCUCAGCCAGAGGCUAGCAGCAGCAGCUAUGACAUCAUUGAUUGAUUAUGAGCACCAUGCUGUCCCUGACGCUGGUGCCCCUGCUCUUUCCUGGCAGAGCGUAGCAUGCGGCAGUGGGAAAGAAAUGGCCCUGCUUCUCUCACCAGCACUAGGCAGCUGUGAUCAGGCUAACUGCUGCACCCAGAGGUGGAGUCGGAGUAGUAGGUGGGGUGAAAUGUCUUGGUGAGGCAGAAUUCCCAUGCCCCCAGUAGAGAGUCACUGAUUUAUUCCAAACCAAGAAUAGUUAGAUAGGUACUGUCAUAGGGGACUUAGACCAGUAUCACAUACGAUCCUUUUCUAGGAGGCUACUCAUUUGGGACCUGUGUAAUUCCUAGCGGAAAAGACUUUCCAUUUCAGUAUAUCCCAGUGCUCUCCUGCCUAAAGGGUGUAGGUAAUAGGCUUUAAAAAGCAACUCAUUCCUUUGCUUUUCAUAACAUGCGUGACCUCAUCGCUUCCCCCUAAGGAAUGAAUGCUUAUCUAUAUUGCUAAGGUUUAUAUUUGGAGAUAAUGUUUUAAAUUUUACGACAAAUUUAAAUUUUGGAGAGAAAUAUUUCAGUAUUAGUAAAAAUUAGAUACGUUUUAUCAGUCAAAGUAUUUUUAUAUGGCUUAAGAGAAGGUAGGUUUUGUCAGCAUAUUUUUUGACAUAUUAAAAAAUGACCCAAUUUUCUAAGAUUUUCAGGGUAUUAGCAGUCAUACCUUUGUAUGUCAGUUUUAUCUUUGCAAAUCACCAGAGUCAAUUUGAUUUUAAAAUGUUAAUAACUAUAUUUAGGGAUAUUUAU